CUUCAUAUAUCUAUAUGAACACACCCACCACUGAUAUAUAUGUAUAUAUGAUCAACACACCCACCACAAAUAUAUAUAUGUAUAUAUGAUCAACGUACAUACAUUCACUUUUACGGAUAUGCCUACGAAUAUGUCAGCGUCAGCAUACAUGUCUUUCGGAAGGAUUAUUACAGACACGUUCUCCUAAUUAAUUUUUCUGUUGUUUUUUUUUAAAUUUUAUUUUAUUUUAUUUUAUUUAUUUUAUUAUUAUUAUUACUUUUUUUUUUGUUACGAAGUUUUUUCGUGAGGAUAAAAUUGGAUUUAAAAAGAAAAAAAAAAGGGAAGAAAAUAAGCCUGCCAUUCGAAAUGGAAGAAUAACUGUAGUUACUAAACAAUCAAAAUACACACACAUACACACAUAUAUAUGUAUAUAUAUAUAUAUGCAUAUAAACAAAUACAUACAUAUACACGUUACACAUAAAUAAACAUAUAGAUACAUACACAGGUUACACACUCACACACACAACACACACACACGCACAUAUACAUAUAUAUUAUUUAUUAUUAUCAUCGGCGAUAUUUUUGUAAAUGCAUUUUUUGAAGUUUCACGUAUAUUUUGGAAUUACAUACUAAAAAUGAAAGUUCAUAAACUCAGCCUUGACACCGUCUCCUUGGUAAUACUCAUCUGUGGGUUGGUGCCAGGAGUUUUGGGGCAGACUGAUGAUAACCCUAAAGUUAUAGCAGCAACAUUCUUCAUCACUAUCCUUUUUGUUUUGGUUCUUGGUGCGAUUGUUUGGUGUAUUCUGAGAAGAUACCAAAGAGUUAAACAAAUGAGAAAAUCUCCCAGAGGAAAACCUCUUGAUAACCCAGCAUUCUCAGAUAACAUUGACAGCAUUCAGGUAGAUGAAGGGGUUUCUGAAUCAAUUAAGGACCACCACUCUCCAAACAUGACCCUCGCUUCAUAUAAUGGUCCAAGCUCUCUAAGCAUGAAAGACUGGAAUUCACUUCCCAAAGUGCAGUUUGCUGGCACCGAGUAUGGCUCAUAUGGCUCUCUGAAUAGCUUUUUGCAAGAGCCAGAAGUUAUAAGUGCGGAUUUGUUAAGCCAGGAUUUCACUGGUCUUGGUUUCAACAUAUCAGGUAAUAUGAGAAAUGGGAUAUAUAUUGAUGAGGUAAGAAACAGAGGACCAGCAAAGGAAUCAGGGAAGUUAAAAGCCGGUGACUUAAUCAAGGAAGUUUCAAUAUCAUUCAAAAAUAUUGUUUUCAAGGACGCUCUCGCCAUCUUAGGAUAUGCCUCUCCUUACCCAGUUAAAGUCACUGUUGAAAAACAGAAGGCAGUACCAAAUAGACCAAUCAUUACGAAGGCUCCCAUUUUGCAUCCUGUUCUUCGUAGUCACUCAGCAAAUGAUCUCUACGAAAUUGUUAAGGAACCACCACCAAAAGUACCCUACAACGAAUUGAAAGUUCGAGGAAAAAGUCCAUCUAUAGUCAAAAUGCGUGGUUCUACAAAUAGCAGUCUCUUCAAUUCUGAGAGUGAUAUAUCACUAAGCCCGGGUACAUUAGAAGUAGUAGUCCAUUCGGAUAAAGAAAGGGAUGGCAAAUUUGAUAAAGAGAAAAAAAUUCUGCCAGAAAAAGACAAUCUGGUAAAUUCACAAAACCUACGCUUUCCUUCUCUGGCUUCACAAGCCGAUAGAAACGUAGACGGCAGGUUAAGAUCCAGAGAAGAUAUUUCAAAUAUCGAUGACAAAAUGGAUUUGCAGUUUUCCAAGUAUGAUAAAGAAUUUUUAGAUUUGAAACACGAAGCAGAAGAAAAAUCAACGGGACUAGAAUUGGAAGUCCCAGAUAACGAAAGAAAACGCUCUCUAAAUUCAGAAAGUGAAUUUGCAGAACUAGAAAGAAGUAUACGUUAUUCAGCUCAUUUUUCUGAAUUAUAUGAUAAAAUAAAUGACAAGAGUAAUAUACCACGCUUCAAUCCGGAGAAACUGUCUAGUAAUAAAACACCUAUCGAAGACACAAUCUCUGUGGCAACAAAUCAGACUGCUAUGUCUCAAAAUCCAAACAUCAGAAAGGACAUACCAAACAAAAAUAUCACAAAUGGAAUUAUACCUGAUAAUCUAUCAGUGGGUAACGAUUUUACUGAUGUUAAGCCUUUUAGUUUAAAUUCUGAGACUGUUUUUAAGGAAAACCCAUCUCUGGAAGCAGAGAUCACACCAAUUAAAAAGGAUGUUUCUCUCAAGUCCCCUUUUAAAAAUCCCUCAGAAAUCCCUUCCUUUGACGGUAAUUUUACCGAUUUGAAUGAAAUACAAGAACCUAAAACAGAUAUGGCACAUUUUAAAUCUUCUACAGAAAACUUAUUUACAAUGCCUGUAAAAUUCGUUAGAAAAGAGGAUGUCGUAGAAAAUAGUUUUAGCAAAUAUAUUGCAGACAGUGACAGCGAUGCCUCUGAUUCUGAGAUGAUGAAAAUACCAAGCCAUGACGAAACUGCGAUCAUACAGUUAGAUCCACCUGACAUUCCCACCAGAAUGGAACUAACAAAAGAUCAUGACGUGAUAAAUCUACCCAGUAGAGAUCUUCAAAAUAACGUUGACCUCCAUCUAUCUUCGGAUGAACUGGAAACUAAUGAAGAUGAUUCUGUAGUAAAAAGGGCUAAAGGUUUAUUAUCGACAGACGACAAUUUUAAGAAUAAGAUUUGGGACCGAAACCAUGAUUCAGAAAACAAUGUAGACACUAGCUUUCCUAUGCCAUUGUUUGGUGACGAUGAGUUUAGUAUACAGUCGCUUAUAAAAAAACCCACCAAAGUCACAAGUUUGAAACUGGAUGAGAGCACAGGCAGUUCAUCUUCAACUGAUAUGAAUUUUGAUACUUUUGGAAAUAAGAAAAAUGAGCAUGUUAAAGAUGAAGAUAAAAAAUUUGGGGUAGAAAUUAAUGAAAGUGAAAACACAGGUUAUAAGACACGAAACCCAAUGCUUACUUCACCAUUUAUAACAGGCUUUUUACGCCUAGAUGACAAUUCCUCCUUAAUGAGCGAGACUGACGAUUCAUAUUCUCCCAAAUUAGCUGCUAAGAAAUUUCAUACUUCUGAAGCCUCACCAUAUCACUCAGACAAUGAUUCUAUUAAAACAGAUUCAGCAUUAAAAUUUUCAAACCAUGACAUGACGAUUGAAACCGAUACAAAAUUUACUCUGAACGAAUCCAGCGACUCCAAUAUAAACAGUUUCAUCAAAGAAGACAUGACGUCCAAUAGUAAACCUAAUGUUUCAGAAACCACAACAGAAGCAGGCAAUACAGACUUUAAUUCACCUAAUAGUUCAGAGACCAAAGGAAAACAGCAGGAUGGAUUUUUCAGUAAAGCAAUAAAAAAAGUGCAAGGUAUUUUGCAUACUGAGUCUCCAGCUGACGUGUCCAGCACUCACAGGAAUCAUUCAGAUAUAAGCUUGGAUAGUUCACAAGAGAACAAUCCAGAUUUAUCUGAUCGCAACAUUUCUCCUCGUGACAUACAUAUAUCAACCGACAGUGAUGAAGAACACAACAAGAAAGACGAGGCGUUUUUUGAAAUGACGGAAGACGAACAAUCAACUGACACACAAAGCUUGUCUCCAAAAAGUACGCUGACAAACCCGAUUUCUUUAAAAAUAUCCACUGGCAACGACGAAUUACUGCCAACUUCCCUAGAAGCACAUAACGAUACAACACUAAAUCAUUUAGAUGGAGAAGACCAUCGAGAGGAUGCUUCCUCACCUCAAACUGUUGACACCAGCCGUAUUGUUUCUUCGUGGUCGGAAAUCAAUGAAGAUAACUUGAAAGCUGCUUCCGAUAAGCAUUUGAAAUUUAACGGAAAAGACUUAUCCCCAGCCUCUGAGACUUUAUCUCGUCCUUCAUUUUCUGAUUCAAAUUUCUCAGUGUCGUCAGACGAGACUAAAACAAACCCAGCCAAGUUAGAAAUUCUAAAUAUUACUACUCCAGCGAAGUUUGAACCGCGACCAAUUACCAUCUCAUACAACACUUCUAAUCAUGACACUCAUGAUAACGAUACCGUAACAUCAACAGACUCUAGCUGGGAUAGUCAUGACACGUCAUCGUUUGACCCCUUUUAAGAAUAGCCACCUGUACGUCAAAUGACAUUGACAUUGAUAACCCAUCCUCAAAAUAACAACAACAACAACAAAAACAAAAAC